AACUAAAAAUCGCGCUAAGCCAAAACCAACGCAAGAUUUUAUUGCACCGGCGGGACUUGAGAGAACUAGGCACAGCUCAGACUUUUUUUUUUGGCUUUAUUUCUCCCCCUGUCGAUUUUCGAUAUUCAUUUCUUGUUUAUUAUUUUUCUUGGUGAUUUUUCUGGAUUGUCCGCGACGUUGGUUGCGCUGAUUUUGGUUAAUUGAUUUCGCGAUUGCGAACGGGGCUAGAAAAUUUCCUCUAGCAAGGCCAGAUUAGGGCAGUCAUGUCACACCUAGAAGUAGAACGCGACCAUGAGGUUGCCUCUCCCAGCGAAUCUGUGGAGGAGACCAGCAGAGACCAAUUGGUAAUGGAUGCAGAUGCUGCGCUCCUGCAAACAAUGGGGUACAAGCAGGUUUUGCAUAGGUCUUAUUCCUUGAUUGAGAACUUCUCUACUACCUUUGCCGCUUUGUAUUUCGUCGGAGGUGUUCGUGUCACCUAUAGCACAGGAAUUGCCAGUGGCGGCAAUCUUGCAUACUGGACGAGCUAUUUGGUGACGCUAGUAUUCACCUUUAUCAGUGCAGCUGUUAUCGCCGAAGUGUGCUCGGCCUCGCCCUCAGCAGGCUCUAUCUAUCUCUGGGCCGCCGAAGCAGGUGGUCCCAAGUAUGGCCGCCUUCUAGGCUUUGUGGUUGCUUGGUGGAGUACGACGGCUUGGACGACGUUCUGUGCUAGCAACACACAGGCUGCCACAAACUAUAUGCUUUCGGAAAUCAAUGUGUUUAAUCUUAGCUUCCCGACUGAUACGAGCGACGUCAAAUUUCGUGCUGUGCAAUGGAUUUGUACCGAAGUCUUGCUCGCGUUAGCUGCCCUUGUAAACUUCCUACCACCAAAAUCAUUCCGAUGGAUAUUUUACAUCUCCUCCAGCCUGGUCAUGCUAGACUUCUUUCUAAACAUGAUCUGGUUGCCCAUCGGAGUUGCAAAUACCUGGGGUUUCCGAUCUGCCCAUGAAGCUUUCAUGACAACGUACAACGGCACUGGUGCGCCGGCUGGUUGGAAUUGGUGCCUGUCCUACCUUGCCACUGCAGGUAUUCUGAUCGGAUUCGACGCCUCUGGACACGUCGCCGAGGAGACCAAGAAUGCGUCUGUUACCGCUGCUCGAGGUAUUUUCUGGAGUACAGUUGUCAGUGGUAUUGGGGGUUUGAUUGUCGUUAUCAUGUUCCUCUUCUGUGCGCCUGAUCCUGACACACUUUUCAGUUUCGGCGCACCUCAACCAUUCGUGCCACUCUAUGCUGUUGUGCUCGGACAAGGAGGACACAUUUUUAUGAACAUAGUCUGCGUGGUCGCCCUUUGGUUUAACACGGCCAUCGCCAUCGUCGCCGCCUCCCGCUUGGUCUUCGCCGUUGCUCGCGAUGGUGUCCUUCCAUUCUCCAGUUGGGUUUCUCGCGUCUCACCCGAAGGCCAACCGCGCAACGCCGUAAUCGUCGUGUGGGGAGUCGCAGCCGUCAUCACAUGUACAAUUUUACCAUCCGCCGUAGCUUUCACGUCGCUCAUCUCUGCCGCUGGAGUCCCGUCCGCUGCUGCCUAUGGACUCAUCUGCCUGGGUCGUGUUUUCCUCACACCCAACUCAUUUCCGAAGCCAAAAUGGAGCUUAGGCCGCUGGAGUAAGCCGUUUCAGUUCAUCUCCAUUUUCUGGAACGGAUGGGUUGUGGCCGUAUUGUAUUCUCCAUAUGAGUUCCCCGUUAGUGGGGAGACGUUGAACUAUGCGCCCGUGAUUAUGGGCGCUGUGACCAUUUUUGCAGUCAUAUCUUGGUGGGUGACGCCAGAAGAAUCGUGGUUGCCGAGGGCACGGAUCUCGCAUUUCAUCGAAAGCAAGGGUCAAACUACUGAAACCACCACGGAGAUCACCAGACACGAGCCAUCGUGAAGAUACGUUGGGUACUGGUAUAUUUGGUAUAUAUUCAAUAGAUUUCGUUGCUAGAUACAUAUUUUGCUUGAUCGACGUAUAUAACGUCGUCAGAUGGAUGUAAAUAAAGCCAAACCGACGCAUAUAGAGCAUCUAUUUCAACCGAGGACUUUAAUAGAGGAGAACGAGAAUAUUUUCAAUACUUGAUUCAGAUCGAAGUUAGGCGAAACCA